AUGCCUAACUGUCCACGUUGCAACAAACCCGUUUAUUUUGCUGAACGAGUCACAUCUAUUGGCAAAGACUGGCAUAGACCGUGUCUUCGAUGCGAAAACGAAGCAUGUAAGAAGACAUUGGCUGCGGGAGGACAUUCGGAGCGUGACGGUAAACCGUACUGCAAUCGAUGCUAUGGAGCUCUGUUCGGUCCGCGAGGCUACGGUCAUGGUGGAGUUGAAUCCCAUACGUUCCAUCAUGGACAGACCGGCAAGGUUUAA